CGUUAGCUGUUUAGCGAGUUGCUCUGACUUGGUUCGCUAACGAACGUCAACCGGACAUCUUUUGUGUAGCGUUAGCUUCGUGUUGGCCAGCUUGACCAUAGCUAUUUUGUCGCUAAGGAAGUUUAUCAUUACGUUUCUGGACCAAAUCACAACUUCUUAGACUUGGGGCACAACACCGCAGACGCCGAGCAGAGUACAAAGUAGCCGGAAACCCAUUGAAGGAGGAUGUCUUCACCACUAUACUACACCCAAGACAGUAUUACUCGCUUCAAGAAAAGAAAAGCCCGCUUCUCUUUCAGCGAAGUCCACAUACUGUUGGAUGAAGUGAGGAAGCAUCGGAUGGUUGUUGUGGGCAAAUUCAAUCGUGGUGUGCAAACAGACGUGAAGAAGCGCACAUGGGCAGAAAUCACUGCACGUGUCAAUGAGAUUGGGGAGUGCCAACGGGAGGUCAUCGAGGUCAUCAAGAAAUGGUCCGAUCUGAAGUGUGACACCAAGCGGAAAGUGGCUGCCAUGCGGUCAGGGACGGUGCCCAACAGGGGCCUCAACUCUCGUCUCUCACGAGACCUUAAUCAGACUGAGAAAAUAGUGCUGCAGAUUCUGGAGAUGGACAAAGAAGACCAGAGCGCCGCUGACUUUGGCCCUCUGGGAGAUGACGACUAUGUGCCAGAUGAGGAAGAAGAAAUGGAUGAGGAAGAUAUGAUUGGAAUGCAGGGUUCUCCUAAUGGUGCAUUGGACACAGCUAUGCCCCCAGCAACUUCCCACAUCACCAGGAACACUUCACAACCUGCCUUUGAUGUGCAGUAUGAAGGACCUGCGGCAGAAGAUGCUGAAGCGGCAUUCGGAGACUCGGACGAUGACCAAAGGGAUGAAGCGCCUCCUUUUAACCAGGCCGCCAAACCAACAGAGGAUUACCAAGGAAACAACUGCAUCCAGAAACAAGGACAGCCUCAGACGUCCUCCGCCCCAUCAACAUCGACGACCACGGCCCCAACGCCAGGUCAGCCCUCGCAGAGCACUCAGGACAGCAUUCUGCACAGCGCAUCGUUGAGCCUGCAAGAACAGCACGCCACCAACAUCCUGCUGGAGACGGUGUCGCGCUCCCUGGAGCUUCUGUCCGAGUCGGUGCAGCAGCUGGCGGAGACCCAGCAGGAGUUUGUGCGUGACACGCUGCAGCUCCAGCGGGAGACGGUGCAGGUUCUCAGAGACUUCACGGGCGGAGCCAUCGCGCUCAUGCACGACAAAUUGAACGGGCGGCCGGCGUUAUAGCGGCGCAGUCUCAGACGGAGAUGCCGGGUUGUAUUUCACUGACUGCAUACAGUCUGCCUACAUGUGCAGGAACCUUUAGGGUCCAUGACUGUUGGACUCCACCGCUGGUUACUGUCUGCUUUGAUAGUGCCCGACCGAUUUUUAGUUCUAUUUUAAAACUAUUUGUUUAAACAUUGCAUCGAUGGGUUUACUGUCUUUGAGGCAACAGACUAGAGGUUUUGGGGUUUUUGGUGUCCUGGUAUAAGUUUGUAGUUGCAUCAGUGUGUAGAGAUGAUCUCAUGUACUGCAAUGGUGAGCAGAGUCGCCUGGCCAUUAUAUGGUCUAUAUAUCUGAAAGCUAAACAAGUGUUAGAUCUUUUUUAAAAUGCCUGUGACUCAAUACUUUUUUUUUUUUUGUACAUUGCAAACAUGAACACUUGAAUUAGAACCUCUUCAAUAAUUCCUUUUAAAUACAAAAUAAACCCCUGAUGUAUUUAAACAUAAGAGAUGCCAUUUUAUUAUCUGGGAUACUGCAAAGUGCUAUCUUGGAAACUAGUGAAUCCAUCUGGAUCGUUCAUGUCUGGUGCUUUAGCGGCUUAUAUCCCAUAUCUUGUAUUGUUUAUAAACUGAUCUGAUCUGAGUUCACAAGAGACGGUUCAUUUCAAAUCACUGGUAUUAACCAAAUGACUUAACAGCAGUUUUUUAAAUGUUUUAGGCCAAACACUCCAGAUCCUCAUUUGUGAGGUUUGUGCUCAGGCCACUAGAUUGUAUAAAUGACUUUGACUGUUUUCAUUGCAAGUGGUUUACUUCCGUACGGACAGAAAACACGUCAUGUAAAUGACAUGUAGACCUUAAAGGAUGAAGCUAGAGGCAUUCAAUCUGUUUUCUCCUUGUCAACAAGUUAUUUGAUCCCCAUGUUCACUGCUGAAUUUAGUCUAUAAAAAAUGCGUAAUUUC